AUGUCUGCUGCGGCAUUGACACGUCGUGUUUUCGGUCAACAAGUAGUCACAAGUAUCAACAAAUUCGCCGGUUUAACAGUUUCGGUGUUGUCUCAGGUACCAAAAAGGUACAAAUGGAAACUCGUGAAACUACCAGAACCGGGCAAAGGCAUUGCUUUCCGAAGAAUCGUCCAUUUCAAAGAUGAAUACACAGUGGAGCCUCUGAGAGUUACAAACCUAGCAGGCAGAGAUCCUGUCACAGGCAGAGUAGUAGCCAAAGGUAUCGGGGGUGGCAUAAAGCACAAGUAUCAUUGGAUCAAGUGGAUCAGGGAUGGACCCGAGGAUCUUGACGAACCGCCAAAGGAAGAGAAAGUCCUACAGGUCUUUAAGGAUGGUUGUAGAACGAGUUUUGUCGCGUUGGUCGGUAGCGAUCGUGAACUGAAAUACAUUUUAGCUACGGAAAACAUGAAACCGGGCGACAUAAUACGUACUCAUCGAGGAAUACCGCGUAAUCCUGUGAGACCUUCGGAGGGAGACGCCUAUCCUCUUGGUGCUUUACCCAUGGGAACUCGCGUUCAUUGUGUAGAAAAGUAUCCGGGACUGGGUGGGUUUCUCAUUCAUGCUGCGGGUACCGUCGGAAUACUGUUAAAGCGAGAGGAAAAUCGUGUGGUAGUACAGAUGCCUAGUAAAAAAUUGUUUAGUUUUUAUGAGACGUGUAUGGCUACGGUUGGUCGAUUAUCGAAUAUCCAACACGAUUCUAUUCCAAUUGGUAGCCCACAGAAAAAUCGAGAAUUGGGAAAUCGCCCGAGGAGCGGUUUAUGGCAUCGCAAAACUGGUAGAUUCGGUCGUAAAAUUAAACCACCACCUCGUGUACAAUCUGUUGGCGAUAAAAAAUCGGUACCGUAUCAUAUGCUUGUUUUGAAUAGUCCUCAUAACGCUUAAACUAUGUCAGAUAAAUUGCAGUUGUAGGUCAAGAUAUAUUAUAUAAUAAACGCUCGUUUCAAACACUCAA